AUGCCGCCCCAGGUAAUUUGCUCGAGAUCAGAUGAGUACAACAGUCUGGAGACAUUAUGCAAUGGCACAACUGAAGGGCCUCUUCUGCGGAAUCCUGGUAAUCAUGAUAAGGGUCGUACUCCUCGUUUGCCAACAUCUGCUGAGGUGGAAUUCUGCUUGAGUCUAACUCAAUAUGAAACUGAACCACUGGACAGAACCGCAAACUUCAGCUUUCGGAACACUCUAGAAGGCUUUGCAAAUCCAGUUGAUGGUGUAGCUACACGUGCGCAGAGUACUUUGCACAAUGCUCUCCAUAUUUACAUGAAUGGAUCCAUGUCUCAGGUUCAAGGCUCCGCAAAUGAUCCAAUCUUUUUGAUUCACCAUGUGUUUGUGGACAGUAUUUUUGAGCAGUGGCUAAGAAGACACCAGCCAGUCAGAGAUCUCUACCCAGCAGUCAACGCUCCCAUCGGUCACAACCACGACUACCACAUGGUGCCUUUCAUACCACUGUUCCGAAAUGGGGACUACUUUGUUUCAUCGUUGGAUUUUGGAUAUAAUUACGCUUAUUUGUUAGAACCAGGUCAGAGAAUCCAGGAAUUUUUAAACCCAUACUUAGACCAGGCACGGCAUAUCUGGCAGUGGUUACUUGGAGCUGCAAUAUUGGGUGCACUGUUAGCUUCCCUCUUGGCUGCAGUAAUUACCCUUGCAUGUCGCAGAACAAAGAAGAAGAGGAUGGAGUUGUAUGAUGAGAGGCAACCUCUUCUGCAAGAAGGAGAAGAUGGGCAAAACCUCAGUUAUCAGACCGCUUUGUGAUGAUAAGGAGAGCCUGCCUAGGGAACAGCAAGAUCAAAAGCUUCCAUGGUGUCUAUUACUGAAUUUGACCAAGUUUCCAACCAGUUUUUAUAAAAAACACAUUUUGAAACAAAGCAAUAUUUUUUUUAUCCUAAUUCCACUACUUUUUCACUAUGCCCCAGAAAUAUUAAAAGUUUCAGACUUCAAUGACAUGAAAGUGUGUUUGAUAGUCUACUUUACGAAUUGCUUUACUAUUUGUGAAAAACACAUUUAGCAAUACCUAAAAGUUGGAAAUUUACAAGAAGAGUCCAAGUUGGAGAUUAGUCAAAUUCUACAUUCACAAAGGAACCUCAUAAUCUUUUCAGACAUUUCCCUCUUUACUGUGACCUUAAAUGAAAAUGAAAAAUAUGUAGGUGAGGUUUUAUUAAAAAAAAAAAAAUGAGUUUGGAUUCACCUUGCAUCCUCUUAUUGGACAAUGGUACUGAAUAUGGGCCUAACAGUGAACAACUAAUCAGAAAAUGAAAUGCUGUUUAUGAUGAUCAUGUGACAACUGUAUAACAAUGUUGAAAGCACUUAUUAAA